AUGCCGCAGUCAUGUAAAGACAUCCGCGCCGCCCUGGCUUUUUGCCUCCAGAACAGCGACUGCAUAAUGGUUGAGCGGCACUCGCCCGGCGACUGUCUGCGCCCGCCCCUCAAAUACACCCUCCCCACCCAGUGCCAGCAGCUCCAAAAGGGCUAUGCAGAGUGCAAAAAGGGCAUGAUUGAUAUGCGCAAGCGGUUUCGCGGCAACAGGCCUAUCGCUGUCCAAGGCCAAUUGGAGACGGGCGCCUUUGGCCAGGGCCGUGCCGAGGCCGACGAGAAGGCGGGCACCAUCGAAGAGAAGGGAUACAUGCUCUAUGCCGGGCGGCCCUACAAGGACGUCAAGGAGACAAAGGGCGAUGAGGAUCCAGAUAACAAAGGGCUGGAGCGGUAG